AUGGUUUUUGACAACAAAACAACAAUUACCUGGAUCGAAGAAGAGUCGCCGUAUGAAACACUCGCUCGAGCCACGGGCUACAAGAAAGUUAUGAUUGAUGAGCAUGUGCGGGUCAUGAUUGCAGCCGGUCUGUACGAGUUGAUUGACGAAAUCGCUCUGCUGAAAGAGAUCCACUCGUUCACGCCUAAGUCCCUGCAAAAGUGCAUCCAGAUGAAGUUAUCGACGCCUCCCAAGCAUUAUUCAUGCGUGCUGGAGUAG